UCAGCGAAAGCACUUUAGUUCGUGCUCGUCACUGGGACGAAUCGGUUCGGCAGUAUUCAACAAACGUGUUUUUUUUUCUACAACUUCCUCGUUCUUGAAUCAAAUUCUUAACAAUUCUGCCAGAUGCAUCAACUGAACACAAAUUGAAUGGGGAUGUUGGACACACUCAAAUUCUUCAUAUUCGUGUUGCUAUUGCUCAUCACGAUACUUUUAAAUCAAAAUGUUACUUCGAAAAAGUCCGGUGAGCGGGAUCUCAGUCAAUUUUGGCGCAUUGAAAACGAAAAUGGAACUCUCCGGAUAGAGAACCAAACAGUUCCUUCGGGAAUAUACAGCGCGCUAGAGCAAGCUCUGAUCAUCGAAUCGGUGCUGGACUUCAAAAACGAUUUGACCACGAAAUGGAUAGCUCGUGACAAUUGGACCUAUUCCUUACCGCUAGCGUGCAACAUUAAGGAGCUGAACUUUACCAAUGUGGUACUGACUCUUCACGGAGUGGACACAUUCGCAAAAGUAUACCUCAACGAUGAAUUGCUGGGCGAAACAAGCAACAUGUUCGUUCGUUACCGAUUCAACGUGAAAAACGUACUCCGGAACGAGUGUAAAAAUGUCCCGGAACUUAGAAUCCACAUACGAUCACCCGUUUCGGAAGCUUCGCUUCUGGCUGCUAGUUACGACCAUCUGAAGGUAGUCCCAGAAUGUCCUCCGGCGAGAUACAACGGAGAAUGUCACGUGAACAUGAUACGUAAAAUGCAAGCCAGCUUUGCGUGGGAUUGGGGUCUGGCAGUACCCUCAAUGGGUCUGUGGAAACCCGUGCGGUUGGAGUAUUAUGAGUCUGCGAAAAUUCGAGACAUAACCUUUGCACUGUUUGACGAUGAGACAAACUGGAGGAUGGUGGUUGGAGUUUACCUGGAAACGGGAACUAUCCGACGGAGGUUGCAAGGAACUUUGAUGUUCAAAAUAUUGGGCGUACAACUAGAGAAUGAAAUCAUCAACGUGGACAAAAAUAGCGAUGACUCAGGAGAGCUCUUCGUAGAGCAUACGCUAAAAGUCAACAAAACCGCGGUAGACCUGUGGUGGCCCAACGGCUACGGACGACAAAAACUGUACAACCUCUACGUGAAAUGGGAAGACAACGCAAUCAACAAUGUACAGCUUCAUGAUCGGGAAGCGAUGAUCGACGAGAAGCUCAUUCGAAUUGGUUUCCGAACCAUCAAACUCAGCCAGGAACGUACUUCCGAUGGGCUUAUGUUUUACUUCAUUGUUAACGAUGUGCCGAUGUUUAUGAAAGGAUCGAAUUGGAUUCCUUCAUCGGUGCUGCCGGAAAGCUCGUAUGACGAAAACUAUGUUCAGUUUUUGCUGUGUGCCGCUCGUGAUGCCAACAUGAACAUGCUUCGCGUAUGGGGAGGAGGGGUAUAUGAGAGCGAUUACUUCUAUCAGCUUGCUGAUGAACUGGGCAUUCUGAUUUGGCACGAUAUGAUGUUUGCAUGCUCCAUGUAUCCUGCAAAUGAAGCCUUCUUGAGCAACGUGAAGGUCGAAGUAAUUCAAAACGUUCGACGAAUCCAGUACCACCCCAGCAUUGCAAUUUGGGCGACCAACAACGAAAAUGAAGUGGCUCUACGCCAAAAUUGGUACGGAACGAAGGAAAAUGAGGACGUCUACACCGAAGAAUACAAGAAGCUGUACGUUAGCGUAAUUCAACCCAGAAUCGCGAAGAUAGAUAAAUGGCGCACAAUUCUAAUAUCAUCACCAUCCAACGGAGAUCGGUCGGCAAAGGAAGGUUAUAUUGCCAAGAACCCUCAGGACCCUCUAUAUGGCGAUGUUCACUAUUACAACUACAUACACGAUGGUUGGAAUCCUAUCAUCUACAGAGGAGGUCGUUUCAUCUCGGAAUACGGCUUCCAGUCAUUCCCCGCGCUUACUAGUUGGCCAGUACGAGACCUUAGAAAUGAGGAAUUGACCGAUUUGAUCGAGCAUCGCCAGCACAGCCCAUUAGGGAACGUCCCGAUCCUUCAUAUGAUAGACGAAAACCUUCCUAUGCCAAAAAAUAACUCCUCACACUACUGGCGAGACAUCAUUUACCUUAGCCAAAUUUCGCAGGCAAUGAUCGUCAAAACGGAAACUGAAGUCUACCGUUCAAAACGUAUCGAAUAUGGCACAAUGGGUGCACUCUACUGGCAACUGAACGAUGUCUGGAUAGCCCCUUCUUGGUCCAGUAUAGAAUAUGGCGGCAAGUACAAAAUCCUCCAAUACUGGAUUAAGGACGUUUUUGCGCAAAAUCACGUCGUAGCAUACAUCAACGCUAUGAACAAGCUAGACGUAUAUCUAGUUAGAGACACUUUAGGUUCGGAUGAGCUAUGGUCAGUAGAGGUUAAUAUCCAUCAGUGGGAUAAGUUCAUGCGAGUUGACAACCUCACUUUCGGCGCGAUCAAAGUUCCAGAAAAUACGGUUGUACGGAUUGGAUCUUAUGACAUAUACGAUCAUCUGCGCCAAAAGAAUAUGGAUCCCAAGGAACACCUUCUGCUGAUCAACCUUCUCCGUGACGGUACAAAGAUAGCCGAGAACUUCGUGCCUCUGGGAAAAAUUAAAACUGCAACGCAGAUGAUGGAUCCUAAGGUAAAGAUCACAAUAGCAGCGGUCAACUGUAAUGCGAAUAACAAUGUAGUACAUGUGAGUCUGGAAGUAGUCGUCAGUUCGCCGGCUGUAUUUUUGUAUUUGGCACUGACACCGGAUAACAGUUCGCUGAAGCAAUGUCAAUUCUCUAAGAAUGGAUUCCUACAGUUUACGCCUAUACAGACCGUCCAUCUGAAAUGUGUCGACAUGGGCUGCAAAUCUAAACUACAAAGCAGCGAUAUCGAUGUUUUGACGGUCAACGAAUUGCUAUUGCGACAAACAGGAUAGAUUUUUGAAUAAAGUAUGUUUAAUAUGA